AUGGCGGAAGACGGGAGCGAGGAGAUCAUGUUUAUCUGGUGUGAAGACUGCAGCCAGUACCACGACUCUGAAUGUCCCGAGCUGGGCCCGGUGGUCAUGGUCAAAGACUCCUUUGUGUUGAGCAGGGCACGGUCGUCCCUUCCUUCUAACUUGGAGAUCAGACAACUGGAAGACGGAGCCGAAGGCGUGUUUGCCGUGACUCAGCUUGUCAAGCGAACACAGUUUGGUCCCUUUGAGUCGAGGAGAGUCGCGAAGUGGGAGAAGGAAUCUGCAUUUCCACUGAAGGUGUUCCAAAAGGACGGGCACCCCGUGUGCUUCGACACUUCCAACGAGGACGACUGCAACUGGAUGAUGCUGGUGCGGCCGGCGGUGCAGCUGGAGCACCAGAACCUGACGGCCUACCAGCUCGGCGACGACGUGUACUUCACCACGUCACGGGACAUCCCCCCCGGCACCGAGCUGCGUGUGUGGUACGCGGCCUUUUACGCCAAGAAGAUGGACAAGCCCAUGCUGAGGCAGGCGUGCUCUGGGGCCCACGCUGCAGGCACCCCAGAAAGCAGCACCCCGGUGGAAUCGGACCCCAGCCCGUGGGUGUGUAAGGUGUGCUCUGCCACCUUCCUGGAACUGCAGCUCCAGAAUGAGCAUCUGUUGGGUCACUUGGAACAGACCAAAGGCCUCCCCGCAGCCAGCCAACACCAAGGGGCCCCCGAGAAGGAACCAGAUGGGCCUCGGGGCGAGCCUCCCGCAGUUCCCAAGGGCGUCGGCACCUCCAAAGAGCAGAAGAAAAAGCCUCGAAGGGGGAGAAAACCCAAAGUAUCCAAACCUGAGCAGCCGCUGGUCAUCAUCGAAGGCAAGGAGCCAGCAGAGCAAGUGGCAGAGAUCAUCACUGAGGUGCCACCGGACGAGCCUGUGACUGCGACACCAGAUGAGCGCAUCAUGGAGCUGGUUUUGGGGAAGCUGGCCACCACCACCAGCGACGCCAGUUCAGUGCCAAAGUUCCCCCAUCAUCAGAGCGGCAGCGUCACCCUCAAGAGGAGUCUGAUUCUGUCGGGCCGGCACGGCGUCCGGCGGAAGCUGGUCAGGCAGCUGGGGGAGCACCGGCGGGUGUACCAGUGCAGCACGUGCAGCAAGGUCUUCCAGAACAGCAGCAACCUCAGCAGGCACGUGCGCUCGCACGGUGACAAGCUGUUCAAGUGUGAGGAGUGUGCGAAGCUGUUCAGCCGCAAGGAGAGUCUAAAGCAGCAUGUUUCUUACAAGCACAGCCGGAACGAGGUGGACGGCGAGUACAGAUACCGGUGUGGCACCUGUGAGAAGACCUUCCGCAUCGAGAGUGCACUGGAGUUUCACAACUGCAGGACAGGAGCCCUAGCACACCCGGGAGAGGGGGGGCCCGACGGCAGUCGGCUUAGCGACCUACCAGAUGACAAGACGUUCCAAUGUGAGAUGUGUUUCAGAUUCUUCUCCACCAACAGUAACCUUUCCAAGCACAAGAAGAAGCACGGGGACAAAAAGUUUGCGUGUGAAGUCUGCAACAAAAUGUUCUACCGCAAGGAUGUCAUGCUGGACCACCAGAGGAGGCACCUGGAAGGGGUCAGGCGGGUGAAGAGAGAAGACCUGGAGACGAGCGGUGAGAACUUGGUCCGCUACAAGAAGGAGCCCUCGGGAUGCCCCGUGUGUGGCAAGGUGUUCUCCUGCAGGAGCAACAUGAACAAGCACCUGCUGACCCACGGUGACAAGAAGUAUACCUGUGAGGUCUGCGGCCGCAGGUUCUUCCGCGUGGACGUGCUGCGGGACCACAUCCAUGUCCACUUCAAGGACAUCGCGCUGAUGGAUGACCACCAAAGGGAAGAGUUCAUUGGCAAGAUUGGGAUCUCCUCAGAAGAAAACGAUGACAAUUCUGACGAGAGCGCAGACUCGGAGCCUCACAAGUACAGCUGCAAAAGGUGUCAGCUCACCUUCGGCCGCGGGAAGGAGUACCUGAAGCACAUCAUGGAGGUGCACAAGGAGAAGGGCUACGGCUGCAGCAUCUGCCACCGCCGCUUCGCCCUGAAGGCCACCUACCACGCCCACAUGGUCAUCCACCGCGAGAACCUGCCGGACCCCAACGUGCAGAAGUACAUUCACCCAUGCGAGAUCUGCGGGCGUAUCUUCAACAGCAUCGGGAACUUGGAGCGACAUAAACUCAUCCACACAGGUGUGAAGAGCCACGCCUGUGAGCAGUGUGGGAAGUCUUUUGCCAGGAAGGACAUGCUGAAAGAACACAUGCGCGUGCACGACAACAUCCGGGAGUACCUGUGUGCCGAGUGUGGGAAAGGCAUGAAGACCAAGCACGCGCUGCGCCACCACAUGAAGCUGCACAAGGGCAUCAAGGAGUACGAGUGCAAGGAGUGCCACCGCAAGUUCGCUCAGAAGGUCAAUAUGCUCAAGCACUACAAGCGGCACACGGGGAUUAAAGACUUCAUGUGUGAAUUGUGUGGAAAGACUUUCAGUGAAAGAAACACAAUGGAGACCCACAAGCUCAUCCACACAGUGGGCAAGCAGUGGACGUGCUCCGUGUGUGACAAGAAAUACGUCACUGAGUACAUGCUGCAGAAGCACGUGCAGCUUACCCACGACAAGGUGGAAGCACAGAGCUGCCAGCUGUGUGGGACCAAGGUGUCCACCAGGGCCUCCAUGAGCAGACACAUGCGGCGUAAGCACCCAGAGGUCCUGGCCGUGAGGAUUGACGACCUAGACCACCUCCCAGAGACCACCACAAUCGACGCCUCCUCCAUCGGAAUCGUGCAGCCUGAACUGAGUCUGGAGCAGGAAGAUUUGGCGGAAGGGAAGCCCGUGAAAGCCGCCAGGAGAACUCACAAGAGGAAGCAGAAGCCGGAGGAGGACGCAGGGGCGCCCAUGUCUGAGGACGCGACCUUCAGCGAGUACUCAGAGAAGGAGCCCACGUUCACGGGCGGCGUGGGAGAUGAGACCGACUCUGCUGUGCAGAGUAUCCAGCAGGUGGUGGUGACUCUGGGUGACCCAAACGUGACCACUCCCUCGAGCUCGGUUGGCUUGACCAACAUCACCGUGACGCCCAUCACCACUGCAGCGGGGACUCAGUUUACCAAUCUCCAGCCAGUGGCCGUUGGGCACCUGACCACCCCCGAACGCCAACUGCAGCUGGACAACUCGAUCCUGACCGUGACCUUUGACACCGUCAGCAGCUCUGCCAUGUUGCACAACCGCCAGAACGACAUCCAGCUGCACCCCCAGCCGGAAGCCUCGAACCCACAGUCUGUGGCCCACUUCAUCAACCUGACCACCCUGGUCAACUCCAUCACACCCCUGGGCAACCAACUCAGUGACCAGCACCCGCUCUCAUGGCGGGCAGUGCCCCAGGCCGACGUGCUGCCACCGCCGCAACCGCAGGCCCCCCAGCCACAGCCCGCACAGCCCCCGGUGCAGGCCGAGCAGCAGCAGAUGUACAGCUACUGAGCCGUGUGGCGGGGGACUCGGAGAGAACCUCACACCGGCUUUCUGGUUUAUGUUUGAGAUUUGUUUGCUGGAUACCAAACAAAGAACAAAAACAUAUGUUGCAAUGUCAGUAAGGUUGACUUAGCUUUUGCAGAAUUAUGUCCAACUGCCCCCGCAACCAUGAUGGUCGGUCAGCUUGACUCGACGAGGGAGCACUGGGGGCCUGCUGUGCCCGCGAGUGGCCGCAGGCUCUGCCUUAGCCAGGCAGUGAGUCUGGCCGUGGCCACGCCCCAGCCUUCCCCAGCAGACUGGGGCUCAUGGACUCGGGGUGCGGGUUUCCGGAAAGCGCAACAGAAAGAGAAGCAGGAUCAGAAGAGGCAAGUGAUGGUAUUAGGACAAUAAGUGGUUCGUUUCAGUUCGUCCUUUAGAACUCAGUUACUGUACAAAAACACGGUAUUCACACGUGGCAGCAAGCUGCAAUGAAAUGCAGCUUUCUCCUUGCCUUUUUUCGCAAACGAGCAGGUAGGAGUUAAAGUGACAUUUAGUCUCUUCUUUGAAAUCUGAGUUGAGUCCAUUUGUUUCACAGCUUUGGGCUGAAACCACGUGUGUGAAGGUGGUUGUGACGCAUAUAGGCGUCCCCUGGCCUUCGUGUUCAGCACGGGCCAGGGGUCCCACGACGUCACUGACUCGGGCGGAAAGGCCUCUCAGUCAUUUAAUGCGUGAAUUGAUUUUCAGGAUCAUUUUUCUUUUCUUUUUUUACUUUAUUUCAAGCAUAUAUUGUGUAUUCAGGACUCUGUUGUGGCCAUGUUGUUUUGACUUUUUUAACAUGCUAACGUCGUUUGCACUGUAGGACUCGUCCAGUACUGCACAACCGCCCAAAUGCACCGGGGCACCAAGUUGUGCAACAAGGAAGCUUUGUGUUGUCCCUGCUGCGGGCACCUUUGGGGUUCUCUUGGGAUCCCCUGCCAUCCAGAUGUAUUUAUUAUGACUGAGGGAGAAUCAGCCAAAACCCCCUGAACCGAAGAAAGGGAAGGAAUUCAUGUUUCUUUCUGUUUAAACAUUAAUUCCAAAGGUUGAUGUGUUUCCAGACCAAUUUUCUAGAAAAGUGUCUAAUAAGCUUGGCUCUUUACCACGCUGGAAAAUCAUAGGUUUUUCUGGAAUACAAAGACAGCACUAUGUCCUUCAGGCAGCAGUGAAAACAGGACGUUGCAAGCAUUGAUGCCCGUCUAAGUGUACGUGCUGCAUGACGACCGGCCCUGUUUCCAGGACACGUGCUGUCACACGUGUGCAGCCAUCUCAGAGGUUGGGGGCGAGGCUGAAACACCGGCAGCCGGCCCUGCUGACGCUCAGCCCGGCAAACAGGCAUGGGGAACCAAGUCUGAUUGCUGCCCCCCGAUAGUUUGUAACGCUGUCCAAAAUGAACUGAUAAGUUGGCCUUAUUUUGUCCUUCACCACUCUCGGUCCCAGAUCUUACCUGACUUAGGAGACCAUCUUGAAGAAGUACUGAGUCUGAGUCAGUAGGGUUAAAUGAGGCUGGAGUUUUCUUGUGUUGCCGCUGCGGCUAAGGACGACUUGUUACGCAAAAUGCAGCUUUCUCAGCACAUCACUUUAUCCCAAAUAGCAAGAAUUUGAGGUUAGGGCUAGAAUUUGUUUUGUGCAAUACAGGCCUUCACGAACUAAGGAAAUUCAUCACCCAGGCAGCAUGCGAAAGGGGUCUUCAGACUUCUGUCAUUCUCAUAGCUCAUUCAUUCACUCCCAGCUCUCACCUCUCAGUUCAAUUAAUUGUGGGAGAUUGUUUGACUUUUUAACUUAUGAUAAUUAUUUUUAUGUUAUUUAUGUAUAUAAUUAACUGCUCUUUACAUAAUACUUUCAUCAAAAGAACUUGGGCUAGGGGUGAUAGAUUUUCCAAAAUAUUGUCUUCAUUCUCCAAAUACAAGGGGUCCAGGUAUCCAUGGAAUCAUCCAAAGUGCCAGGGUUCCUAAGAUAUUUUUUUAAAAUCACUGACAAUUUCUUUUUGCAUUUACAGACUAUAAAGGGCGAAUGACCAAGUAAAGAAUCCAAACAUGAUUAAACGUCUGCUACUAUUUAUCUUUUAUUCCUCUUCCCUGUGAAAUAAAGGCCUUUUAAAUCACAAUUUUAUUUUUUUAAAGAAGUUGUUUUUGUGCCUAGCAUAAGGAUGCAUCAGGUGUUUUUAAAGAACCUAAUUGAGGUUGUGUGGCCCCGGUGUACUACCACUGUUUGUUUAAAUAACAGAUGCAUAAUACUAUUUCUUUUUAUAAUAAGUGAAAACUCUAAAUAAAAGUGGGGUUUACUCCUGAGUUUCCUGUAGACGCUUUUGGUCUUAAUAGGGUUACUAUGGAGGCAAACUGGGUUCAGGUUCUCUUAAGACAGUUGCUGUGAAUUUGCAUGUAAGAAACUGGGCAGCAAACAUACAAAGUUCUACUCAGCCAAAAGAGUCAUUAACUAGAAUGUUCUGUGCAUACUUCACUAUUCACUGAUGGAAGACAUUUAAUUUUUUUUAACUGAUCCCAGGUGCACAGCUGUAUCCAUAGGAGGACGUUAGAUUGAGCCGUUGUGGUCACCACGCUCUGUGAAUCUAUCCUCAUCAUUCUAAAUUAAUAAAUUAUGAGAGUUUAUUUUGGAGCUUGUGAAUUUGUAAUGUUGUAUAGCUGUGGGUAGAUCUGGAUCCCUGAGUACGGCCACUUGACCUGAGUGGGGAGCCCCAUGGUGUGGAGGGGACUGGCCUCUGGAUGUGUUCUCCGGGCCACCUCACUGUGACCCACAGGAGAAUCUGGGCAUGGAAGCAGAUUCACGGACCUUACAUGUCUUUUUCCAGCCACGGUGUCCAAAGGUGUACAGCUCGUGCUUCCCAUCUCAAGGUGGUUUCAGUGACCUUCCCAUUGGCCUGUGACAGGCAUUAAAACUGUUUGGAAAAGUUGCGUGUAUUUCGUGUCCCAUCCGUUUGUAUAACAACAAAUAAAAGGUGC